ACAACAACAGCAACAACAACAACAACAAGCACAGGCACAACUGCAAAUGCAACAGCAGCAGCAGCAGCCGACGCUGCAUCAGCAACUGCAUCAACACCACCCGCCCACGACCCACAUACUGCCACCCACGGCAGUCUAUAGCAUUGAGACGUCGGGCUAUCAGCCCCAAACACAGCCACAGCCAUCGGUGCAAGCCCAGCAAAUGCAACAACACAUGGCGGUUGCACAGCAACAGCCGCCACCGCCAACAGCCGCGCCACGUGAGCCACCACGACCACCACCGCAGCGUUCACUCAAUCCUUCAUCGAUUGUGAAUCAACCACUGCCGGAGAUACCGCAGCAGGCACAACAAUCGAAAAUCUCGCCACAGCCACUAUGCGCAGCCAAUCUCAAUCAAUAUCGUUCGCUACAACGACCACAAGCACAGAAAAUGCAAUUGCCCACAGCUGCUAUGCCGCCGGCACAGCAACAGCAGCAUCAGCAACAGCCCCCAUUGCCGCCGAAGAAGAAGACCUCACGUGAGAUAAGCACUUCGACGGCUGGCGGCACUUUAAACGCCAAUCACUUGCAAACAUUACCGCCGAAAUCGGCCAGUUUGCGACAGCAACAGACCGCCACCAACGCUUACAGUUACGAACGCGAACGUGAGCGUGAGCGGGAGCGCGCGGAACGUCAUGAACGCCCGAGACGCGCCGAGACGCUCGAUAACGCACGUACAUCCAGCAACAGCGCUGGUAUGGCUUAUAUAGAGCAGCAAUUCGGUGGCAGUGGUGGCGUAAAAAAGCAACACUCUUAUGAUUCGUAUACGCUUCAGCAACAGCAAGCUCAAAGGCAUGCCACUGCAACAACUCCCAACAAUAAUUAUCAUGGCGCGAUUAGUACGAAACAUCAACAACAGCAGCUUCAGCAGCAGCAGCAGCAACAGCAACAAUACUUAAUUGAAGCACAACAACAGCAGCUGUACUAUCGCUCGCUGAAGCGCGGCGGCUCACAUGCCAAUAACGAUCUCUAUUCCGUCACAGAAUUGUAGGAGUGUGCCUGCUGCGGUGGCGGCGUAGAUGUUGUGCGACGUACGACAACAACAUGUCCCACAACAGUUGCGCCACCAGCCGCAGCAGUAGCGGCCCAAACGGCCGCACCACCACCCAUACCAUUGCCGCCAAAGAAACAUCGUUCCUCUACCAGCGUGGGCACUGCUACAAUGUCGACGCGUGAUAGCCAGACCAUCACUGCCAAAGCCACAACGAGCGCAGCUACAACAAUGACAUGCGACGAACACGAAUACGAUGAAUACUGUCCCGAGCAGUAUGAUGCGCAUCAUCAUCAUCAUCACGGUUCUGCACAGUCACAAGGGGCACAGCAGCAGUGUGAACGGGAUCGUGAACGAGAACGGGAUCGUGAACGAGAACGGGAUCGUGAACGAGAACGAGAACGGGAAAGAGAACGAGACCGCGAACGUGAUCGCGAACGUGAUCGGGAGCGUGAACGUGAACGCGAUCGCGAUCGCGAUGGCCAUCAUCGACACAGCUCAUCGCGUGCUACGGUAUCAGCACUGAAACACCAACGUGCCGCUACUUUCGAUGUGGCCGAUGCGCGCGACUAUGAACUCCAACGCCUGGGCAAUCGGCGCUCACAGCAACAACAACAGCUGCAGCAGCAAUUGCAACAAGCAACUGCCGGUGGCGGCGGUGGUGGUAGUAGUAGCAAACUCCGCAGCGGUGAACAUCGCGGCGAACGCACACAUGAUCGUGAACGUUCACGUAGCGAUCAUCGUAUAUCCACUUAUGCAUGCGACGAUACAGCGCUUUGCGGCAACAGCAGCGGCGGUCAUCAGCAUCAUCUCGCCAACGGUGGCCUAACUCAAUCGAGUAGGCAGCAGCGGCGAGAAAAAACAUUCAAAGUAUGAUUUUUAGAGACGUCAUAAAAAUUUUCCCCUCCCUCUACGGAAACGUACGGUAAACAUGCGACAGCAGCGGCGGCUUAUAGUUGGUAAACUUUUGUUGUUACGACAACAAUAAUAAAUCAGCGAUCAGCGACCAGCGGCAGUCCGGUGGCAAUAACAAUGGCAAUCUUGAUUAUUGCCGCAAUGACGGCGUGUACUUGUGCGUUUAGUGGAGGGCAGUGAGGCAGCAGCGCGGCGGAUUUAUAAUAAUAAUUGUGCGCAACACACGAAAGCAUUCAAAGUCCUAAAUUCUGUAUCCAAAAUCCAAACCGAAAUCAACACCAAUCAAACGAACAAUCGUAGUUAAAAUUCGAAUUGGAAAAUUUCACACACAACCAUGCCACCGAAGCGAUGGAGGCAUACAGUUGAGGUCGUGUAUUAGACGUUGUGUUGCCUUCCUUAAGACAAAAACGAUAAUUAACAAUUAAUAAUCGGCACCAUCCUAUCAAUCUAAUUCUAUAAGUAAGUGUAUUUAUCGAUUGUAACUAUUUUCGUCACUAGUGUUGUUGUUGUGUAGUUCUAGCUUAGAUUGUGUUCUUUGGGUGGAAAAAAACAGUAUGUACGUGUUAGAAAGAAGAAUUUCCAAAAACUUUAUUGACGUAAAAUUGUGUUAAAUUAAAGGAAAAUUUUUGAAAUAGUAAACAGGCGAAAGCGUAUAGUGCACAAUUUAGUUAAACGAAGGCAAAUAUUUUUUUUUUUAAUUUUAAUUUAAACACAUAUAUUACUUCAGUUAAAGUAUAUUCAAUAUUAUUUAAGCAAAUUUGAAUUAAAACUUAUAAAAUAUUAAUCAUAUAAAUUAAUAAUAACUUAAGCCGGCAAUUAUAUGGAAAUAGUUUUAUGAUCCUCCAUUUUUUUGGCGAAUAUCCUUAGGCAUACCGAAAAUCAGUUAAAUCACUUGAGUGACUAUAAAGUGUAAAUUUUCAUUAUUAGUAUUAUUAUUUUUUCUAAAAGUCUCUUAGUUUUCACUUUAAUUACAUACAACAACACUAUUUUCAUUGCCAAUCAUGUCCGCCAGUCACAUGUUACUCCUCAAGCACAUUACCAGCAAUCGUCAGUAUCACGUAAGCACACGUUAGCGCAAAAUAUGUAUUUUUGAAAAUAUAAGGUUUCCAGAUUUCGGUUUAAACACAAUUCUGUUUAUUUUUAUAUCUUUUAAACACUACACAACCAUAUAUUUAUAACACUUCUGAUAGUUUGCAUUAAUUUAGAACGAGUAUGCACGUGCAAGACAAAUCAAUCAAGCAAUGACAAUUCAUUUUCAGUUUAGCGCUGCCGGAUAAAAAAAUUGACAGGGAUGUUAUACAGUUUACAGCAGUUAUUUAUGGACAUGUGAAAUAACUAUUUUGUAUAUUAUUUUCUUGCAAUUGAUUUAAUCCUAUAACUUUUCGCUCUUUUCCCUAUAAUGAAACUUAAAAGCACAAAAAAACUAACACAACAAACACGCGGACGCUUUUUAUUUAGUAUCUGCAGGAAAAGUUAAAUUUUUAUUGUAUUUAAUUGUCGAGUAAAAUAUUGUCGAAUUGUUGCGUUUAGGUGUAUGGUAUAAUUUAUAGUAAUAUGUUAACACAACAUUUGCCUUAAGUUGUUGAGUGUUGCCAGAUGUUUGCAUUUGUAAUUCAUAAGUUAUUUUAUACGGUCUUUUAUUAGUUUAAAUAUACUUACAAAUAAAAUAAUUUAAAUUUGUAAUUAUAAAAAAAUGUGAAUUAGC